AUGGUGUCCCAAUCAAAUAUUUGCUUAACGUUAUUUAGCGCUGCCAUUGCUCUGUUUAUUUAUGUUGGUUUAACUUAUAUGUUGACAAAUCAAGGUUACCGUUUCGAUGUUGGAUGGUUUUUAAUGGCUAUAUCACCUUAUCAAUGGGCGUUAACAGGAGUAGCAUUAGCGAUAUCAUUGUCAGUUAGCGGAGCAGCGCUCGGAAUAUUUGCUACGGGCGUUAGUAUACUUGGUGGUGGUGUAAAAGCUCCUCGUAUUCGUACCAAAAACUUAAUUAGUAUUAUCAUGUGUGAGGCAGUGGCCAUUUAUGGUCUCAUUAUGGGAAUUGUUAUUUCCAAUUCAAUAGCAAAUUAUUCGACCAAUGAUCCGACUUUAAUUGCACACAAAUAUCGGGCGGGUUAUAAAUUAUUUGGAGCUGGAUUAACAGUGGGUUUAUGUAAUUUAUUCUGCGGUGUAUGUGUUGGUUUAGUUGGCUCGUCAGCUGCUUUAGCUGAUGCCCAGAAUUCUUCGUUAUUUGUUCGAAUAUUGAUUAUUGAAAUAUUUGGAAGCGCAAUCGGUCUAUUUGGAUUAAUCGUAUCUAUUUUACAAGUGAGUAGCUUUUU